AUGCGUGAUGAAUAUAGUGCUUUAAUUGAAACGGGGACAUGGGAUUUGGUUCCAAGGCCUACAGGGGUGAACAUUGUUAAUUGUUUUCGUCAUAAAUUAAAAGCUAAUGGUGAUCUUGAUAGACACAAAGCUCGUUUAGUUUGUGAUGGAAGGUCUCAGAUUGAAGGUGUUGACUGUGAUGAAACGUUUAUUCCGGUUGUUAAGCCGGCCACUAUUCGAACAGUGUUGAGUUUGGCUAUGGCUCGUAAGUGGUCUAUUCACCAACUUGAUGUGAAAAAUGCUUUUUUGCAUGGUGAAUUGAAUGAGUGUGUUUAUAUGCAUCAACCCCCUGGGUUUGUUGAUAAGAGAUUUCCAGGCUAUGUUUGCAAACUUCGCAAGGCUCUAUAUGGCCUCAAACAAGCUCCAAGGGCUUGGUACCAGCGUUUUGCUAACUAUCUUUUGCAGAUGGGGUUUGUCAUUGCUAAAAUGGAUAAUUCUUUAUUUAUCUUCCGGCAUGGGAAUGAUAUGACAUAUUUGUUGCUAUAUGUUGACGAUAUUGUGUUUGUUACCUCCUCAGAUAAACUGCGUGAGAAGAUUAUUUCUCACUUACGGAACGGGUUUCCGAUGACUGACUUAGGUCCAUUGAAUUAUUUUUUGGGCAUUGUUGUUACACGUACACCUUCAUAUCUGUUUCUCUCACAGCAAAAGUAUGCACAGGAAAUUCUUAAACGUGCAGGUAUGAGCAGUUGUAAACCUGCGCAGACUCCAGUGGAUACUCAAUCCAAACUCAGUGUAGAUGCCGGACCUCAGUUUCAUGAUCCAACACACUAUCGCUGUCUUGUAGGUGCCUUACAGUACCUCACUUUUACUCGCCCUCAUAUAGCGUAUGCAGUUCAGCAUGUCUGUUUAUUCAUGCAUGAUCCCAGAGUGGCUCAUUAUGAUGCAUUGAAGCGAAUUCUGCGAUACAUUCAGGGUACCAUUGAUCAUGGGUUACAUUUAUAUCCUUCGGCUCCUAAAAACUUGAUUACAUAUACUGACGCAGAUUGGGGCGGGUGUCCAGACACUCGUCGGUCCACUUCCGGUUACUGUUGCUUUUUGGGUGACAAUCUUAUUUCUUGGUCAUCUAAGCGUCAGCAUACUCUCUCCAAAUCAAGUGCAGAGGCAGAAUACAGGAGCGUCGCGAAUGUUGUUUCAGAGGCAUGUUGGCUCCGCAACCUUCUUUUAGAGCUACAUUGUCCUCUACGGCAGGCUACUCUUGUUUAUUGUGAUAAUGUGCUUAAGGAGUUGGCUUUGCAAAGGGAUCAAGAAGAGCAAAAAGGGCUAAGCAAAGAAGAAGCAAGCUCCUUAGAGAGGGCUUGA